AUGAUAGAAAGUGGAAUUACAAAUAGGAUGUCAGGAGUUCUAGAAAAUUCUGGUCACCAUCCUUCUCCCCAGGACUACAGACUCCUGACCACAGACCCCUCUCAGCUGCGGGAGGAGAACCUCCCUGGGGACCUGCAGUCUCUGUCCUGGCUCACCUCCGUGGACGUUCCCCGGCUGCAGCAGAUGGUGGACGGCAGGGGGGGAGGAGGAGCGGGAGGAAGCCAUCCCAACGGGUCCUCCAGCAUGCUGGAGCAACAGACAGCUCAGCUCACCAGCAUGACCAUGCCCGGUGGCCAGGGAGCCCUCAUCCACCUGCACAGCAACAUGCAGCACAGCCCUCUGGGCAUCAACGUCCACAGCGGAAGCAUGUCUCCAUACUCUAUGAAUGGACAGGCUUCUCCUGGGUUCCAAGGCCCCACCUCUGUCUACCAGCACAGUCCACAGCAAGUGUUCUCCCUCUCACAGGCUGGUCAGCAGUGCUCACCUGCUGGGCUUUACAGCAACGUCUCCUUCAACAACCAAAGCCUGUUCACCCAGCCCCGACUGGCUCCCCAGAACCAGGACCUGCAGCCCAAGUCCUUCCCCAAGCCCAUCUACUCCUACAGCUGUUUGAUUGCCAUGGCUCUGAAGAACAGCAAGACCGGCAGUCUUCCUGUCAGUGAGAUCUACAGCUUUAUGAAGGAGCAUUUCCCCUACUUUAAGACCGCCCCAGACGGGUGGAAGAACUCGGUCAGGCACAACCUGUCCUUGAACAAAUGCUUUGAGAAGGUGGAGAACAAGAUGAGCGGAUCCUCCCGCAAGGGCUGCCUGUGGGCACUGAACCCCGCCAAGAUCGACAAGAUGGAGGAGGAGAUGCAGAAGUGGAAACGCAAGGACCUGCCGGCCAUCCGGCGCAGCAUGGCCAACCCAGAUGAGCUGGACAGGUUGAUCACGGACCGUCCGGAGAGCUGCAGGAGGAAGAACCUGGACCCUGGGAUGACCCGCCUGCCCACCUGCCCCUCCACCCUCCACACCCACGGCCCUCCCCAGCCCGUCGUCACCCUCUCUCUGCAGUGCCUGCCCAUGCACCAGCACCAGCAGCUCCAGGCCCACCUCCAAGCCCAGGCCCGGCUGGCCCCCAUGUCCCCCAUGUCCCCCUCCCCGGCCCAGACGCCACCCCUCCACGCCGUAUCUGACCUCUCCCACAGCCCCCUCGCCCAGCACCCGGGCAACAAACAGCCGCACGACUUCUACAGUCUCCACGGCGACAACACAGAGGUGGACGCGCUGGACCCCAGCAUCAUGGACUUUGCUCUACAAGGUAACCUGUGGGAGGAGAUGAAGGACGACAGCUUUAACCUGGAGGCCCUGGGCACCUUCAGUAACUCACCCCUGCGUCUGUCUGACUGUGACUUGGGGACGGGCGGCUUGCCUCCAGGAUCCAGCGGGGGCGCUCUGCCCUUCUCAGACCUGCAGGUGACAGGCCUCUAUGCCUCCUACUCCUCCCUGGAGUCCCUCUCCUCCCAGUACAUGGGCACGCCAGGCAACAGCAAGCCCAUCGCCCUGCUUUAAACCCAAACCACCACCAGGACAGUGCCGAGAGAAGCUGAAGAAUCCAAAACGUGUUUUUCU